AUGGAAUGGACUACACAGCUCUGUGAACGACCACCGGUAAGCGGUCACCAAACGGAGAAGCCUCGGUUUGGGUGUGAGGUCAUCUACAGUCACGCAAUGAGUUCAGCGCGGGACUUUGAGCUGUUGUCUUUUCUUGUAAUUGUCCUCGCAGUUAAAAACAGAAAAUGGAAGCCAGCCUCUUGGCAAGAGAUAGCAUCAAUGGUGUUCUUGUUUAGCAAAAUCGCAAACUUUGUUCUUUUUGCAAGGUCAGAUCUUAGGCUUGGUCUCAUUUACCUGAUAAUUUGCAUUGUUUUGUUUUUGUUGUUUCCUGAGCCAUCAUACAGUGGACCUGAUGAAGUAUUCUUCUUCAGAGGACCAGCACUUGAUGAUGCCUUACGUGAUAACCCUUCUGUCACAUGGUUGAUAGAAUUUUAUGCCCCCUGGUGCCCUCCCUGUGUCAGAUUUGCUCCAACAUUUGCUGAACUAUCACUCAGAUACAAUCACAGUCAUCUAAGGUUUGGAAAAUUAGAUGUUGGAAAAUAUCCAAUUGUAGCAGAAAAACACAGGGUAGAUGGAUCUGCCAUUUCUAAACAGCUUCCAAGUUUAAUUCUCUUUGAAGGUGGAAAGGAGACAAAAAGAAGGCCAUUGGUGGACAGGAGAGGUGUUAUAACUCCUUACACCUUCACUGAGGUCAACAUUGAACGAGAUUUCAAAUUAACAGAACUUAAGAAAUCUGCUGAGGACAGGCAAAAACUGGAAGAGAAGAACUCAAAGAAGAACAAAAAUAAGGAAGAUUAACUAACAAGAGAGGAAUUGAAUAAUUUACAAUUUUAUUAACAAGCAGCACCUUAAUGGAGGAGACAUUGGGUCUUGCUUCUGGUUAUACCGCUGGCGUAUGAUCAAAGAAAAAGGAAAUGAUUUUGCUCGUUAGAACCGUACUAAGAGUGCAGAGAAAAGAAAAAGAAUGGCAGACUCUUCUUAUUUCCCUCACACCUCUGCUGCUAAUUCUUAAAAAUGUUUGUGUCAAUCUUUUUAUUAGUUAGUGCUCUCAAUGGAGUAACUUAUAGCUUAAUUACGCUGAGUAGGACCGAGAUUUUUCCGUAUUUGUAAUAGAAAUCUGUCAUCGCUACACUUGAAUGCUGUUGUUCUUGGAGGUGCAUUUCUAAUUACGUACUGCAGAGUUAAAAAAAUCGUUGCUUCUCGAACAUUGUGUAAA